AUGACUGACCCUCCGGGCCCUUCUUCCAGACGCUGUCAGAACCACUCGGCCGCUGCCCCACCCCUGCAGUAUCCUACGUUUCCUCCCUUGAGUGCUUCUGUCGAGGAGUGGCUAUCUCGUUCCAGGCCUAUCAGUAUGACGUCAAAUAUGUCAAACACCGACCACCACCCUCGGUCACUGAGUGAAAGCUGGGCGACCAUGAGCGUCUCCGAUGUAUUCUCAGAAGAUGGUACUCGCUCCGAGCAGACCGAUAUGGGAUCUCUAAUUGACCAGACCGGGCCAGACGAUGUGGCCAGCCUUGAUGAGACCUCCAGCAACAGUUACGUCGGUGCCAGUGAUGAUGAUUAUGAUGAUGAUGAUGAUGAUGGAUAUGACGGUGAGAAUUAUGAACCGAGGAGCAUUGUGUCGGCAUCCCACGAGCUGUCUUCUGCUUUCUCUCGCCUCGCGACUUCCAUCAAUGACAGUAACCUCACCACCGAGACUGCGUUCCGUCAAUCGACCGAGUCUAUCGAGUUUACUGAGCCCGAGAGCUGGCCCGACGUUGAACGUGUAGAACUGAAGCACACCAUUCGGGUUUUCGAAGGCCUCGAGGCAGCAGCAUUGAAGCAGAAAUACUCUAACACACCUGAAGACUCCACACUCACGGCUACAGUGCAACAGACUAUAACGAGAAGAUCCUUGGACACAGACAAACCAUUUCGCGUGCUAUACAUCGGCAGCCCGGACUUUCGGAAUAUCAUCCUGGAUAAAAUUGGAGAUGUCCUGGUUGCGAGCUCUCCCUGUAGCAGUUAUGAAAGCAGUUCUACCGAGUCUUCAAGGUAUCAUGUCGUUCCGACAUCUUUUGGUGCAGGGGCGAUUCCUAAUUUCGCCGAGCUUCUGCCUAUUCAUGUUCAACUCAUCGUGGACGAAUGCUUUACUGCUUCUGCAGACAGUCUGACUGACAAGCCCAGUACAAUCACGCUAAACCGCAAGAACCAACCUGCGUGUACGUCAAUGUGGACUGGUGCCCACUAUCGCAUUUCUCCUGCGGACUGGACUCUGCCCGAUGACAUGGAGACUCAGAAGCUAGCUCGCAUUUUCAUGGAAAGGCACGGUGUGCCCACGAUGACUAUCUCAGAACGCCCGCUCUGGGACAUGAAUAGGGAUCCUGUCCCCGUGAACCAACACAGUCUUCACAUGUGCUUGGAAUCCCGUUAUCCCGGGACCGGAAAGUCCACAAUUGUGAACAGGUUUCCGAUUGACCUCAAGACAAACCUAGCAUCUCUGGCAAUUAUGUUUCCGCCAAAAUCCUAUCAAGUUCCUUCAGAGUGGUCCAAGGAGCCCUUAUUGAAACGAGCUUUGGGUACUGUGAAGCACACAUGGAAAGUGAUCCCCUCUCCCUUCAUCGAUGGUAACUACAAAAUGGCGACCUUACUUCGCUUGGCUAUCUUGUUCGCCGCCUCCGUAUUGACUAUGACCAUGGGCCAUUUUGCUCUCCGGGCACUUGUCAUGCUCCUUUCACAGUACUUUGCAAGCUCUGGGGCUUCUAGCGCAAUCGUAACUCCUUCCCAGAGCCAACCCACCGCCAGCGGGGUCCCUGUAUACGGGUCGUUAUUGAACACAGUUGAUCUUGAGGUCCAAGGGGCUCAAGCAUAUGGCCGCUCUCCAUUUGAGGAGUUCAUGGAUGGCAUUCUCUCUCCGUCUCGGUCAAGUGACAGCGCCGACCAAUUUGAGUUCCAAGUGGUUGGCGAUUGUCACCUUGUUAUAAAACCACCACACAAAUUUUUCAUUGGGAGAAAGGGCCCGCGCUUUGGUGUUCAGGUAACACGGAAUGGCAAGUCUCUUGAUUACGAACUUUCGACCUUGUUCGAAGGAGUGUACACCUUGAAACUCGACCGGGCUGACGCCUAUGGUCCUGUUGAAGUCACAAUUACUUCGACCUCAAAGCCACCUUUCACACAGACUACGUUGGUGGAUUUUGGUACUCCGUGGCUGAAGAUUCAGAACUGGAAACGAGCCGCCCGCGCCAUAUCCUCACAGUUCAUGAAGGAGUUUGGUACAGCGCAAACAGGCCUGUCGGAGGCUUAUGGUCGCAUAUGCACCGACCUCCAGGUCCUCAUGGGCGACGUUGUCAAGAAAGCCCACUUCUUGCGACGAGAGGCGUCUUCGCUACGACAUGACUCGAUACAACUGUCCCAUGAUACCAAAGAGCUGGUCCUCUCGAAGUCCGCGCAGCUUACUGAAGCUGUCAAACGUACUGCUGUGCAACCUCUCUUAGCCGCCUCUGCCGCUUUCCAAGGUCACACUGAGAGAGUCAACCGGGGGGCCAGGGAAGCUAUGAGCGACACGUGGAAUAAGUUUAGCGCUUCUACCCAAAAACUCGAUCUGACGACCGUGAAGGCGCACCUUCGCAAUGCAAGGAAGUGCCAGACUCUAAACACGGCGCAGCAGAGGGCUAGAAGUCUCGUGAAACGCAAGACCUGCCGGCAGACCCGAUGUUCUCAAUAAGGAGGCGGGGUUUACGACAGCUGGACUGGACUAUGGGGAUGAAAUCUGAUUCUUGUAGUUAGUAUACUCACUACUCUUUGCUCGCUCUGGUCAUUGUUGGCUAUUGGGUUGACGGGUUUGGUACGUUUGUCGGCGCACAGGCAGGGAUGGAGGAUGAUGAGCUGAAGCCGUCCAUGAACUUACUGGCAAGCGAGUGUGUUAGGGUAUUAUUUAGCUGGCAUUGAUAUUAUUUACUAUAACACUGAGUCGUAGUGAUUUGAGGGAAGUAGUAAAGUGUUUGUCGUUUGAGAUAUGAUUGUGUCGCAGUAGGUAUGGC